CCCGCGUAGUGGGCAAGUGCCACACUUUCGUGAGCGAGCUAGCAACCUCGUAUAGCAAAAUCAUGGAGUCCGGUCGCGAUGUCCCCGACAGUCCGAUGACUCCUCCUCCGGACGCUGCCGUAGAGGAGGACGUGGGCGCCUGGCAGGUGGCUGGCGCUUCACCAUCAGCCAGCGUUGCAGGCAUAGACAUCAGCGCUGCGUCUUCCGUGCCUCAGCAGGCGGUAGUGACGUCGGCUGCUGCUCCGUCUACCAGCACCAUGAAGCUGCAAAGCAGCGAGGGACAUGUCUUCGAGGUGGACCUGCAGACGGCCAUGGUGUCCGGAACGCUGCGAACCAUGAUGGAAGACCUAGGCAAGAUGAACACGGACGCCGACGAAGUGGUGCCGCUGGUGAACGUCAGCACGGCGACGCUGAAGAAAGUCCUGCAGUGGGCCACCUACCACAAGGACGACUGGCUGGUGCUGGCCGAGGACGAUGCGGCCAUCGGGGUGCGCCAGCCGCUGUCCUCGUGGGACGCCGAGUUCUUCAACGUGGACCAGGCCACCAUCUUCCAGCUGAUCGUGGCCGCAGACUACCUGGACAUCAAGGGUCUGAUGAACUCCGCCUGCCGGACGGUAGCCAGCAUGAUCCGCGCCAAGACUACCGAUGAGAUGAGGAAGCGGCUGUGCAUCAGGAACAACUUCACGCCCUCCGAUGAGCAGCUGGUUAAGCGAGAGACUGAAUGGUACGACUAAAGGCGUGACGGUGUGCCCGGCCGUUCGCACGAAGGAGCCUGGUCUCCAUGCUGUCCGGCAGUGGACGCCAGUCGUUUGUGGCACACAUCACCUUUUUGGAAAAUGCGAUCACGUGACCUCGUGUCACCAUUCCGCAGGAUUCCCGGACACAAGUCUAGUCUUGGCUCUGAUUGGACUCUCUGUCAAUACAAGCAGCCUUCUUUUCUUG